AUGACCGCAAAGGAAUACACCGAUGACCCGCGUUUCAACGAGUGCUGGACAAAGCUAAUCGCCUUCUCAAUCACGGACUACUCACGAAUAGUUCUGCUGGACUCAGAUAUGCUACCGCUACAGAACAUGGAUGAGCUGAUGGACCUUGACCUCGAUUCGUCGUCAGUGAGCGAAUCUGGAGACGCGACUCGCAGUAAAAGAGUGUUUGCUGCUUGUCAUGCUUGUACAUGCAAUCCCCUGCGAAAGCCGCACUAUCCGCCGAACUGGAACCCUGAGAAUUGCGCGUUCACAUCUCAGCAUUCUUCACCAGACGUCGCACAAACUUCCGGGGCAGAUAUCUCAACAGGCUUGGGCAAACUAAACAGCGGGCUUCUCGUCAUCAACCCGUCGAAAGUUAUUUUUGAUCAGAUCGUCACAAAGAUGAAUGAGACUGGUCUUGACUACCAGUUUCCAGAUCAGGACCUAUUGGCAGAUCUAUACAAAGGCCGUUGGGUCGCAUUGCCAUAUAUCUACAACGCCUUGAAGACGAUGCGGGAUCCAAGCGUGCACGGAGCUAUAUGGCGUGAUGAUAAGGUCAAGAACGUGCAUUACAUUCUCAGUCCUAAGCCAUGGGAUGAGCUAGCACCUGAUGGGGCGUGGAAGGGGAACAACCCUAUACACAAGUGGUGGAUUGACGCGUACAAGUCAAUGCGUGCAGAGGAAAAGACACUUGGAAUCUCGUGA